AUGCUUGAAGUACAGGAGGGACAAAAUGCCGAAGUCUGGACGGAGCAUGAGAUUGCAGUUCGCGACCAUCUGGAACAGGGUCAACCGCUGAGUGAAGAGACGCUUGAAUGGCUGCUCAGCCGAUUCUGGCGAGAGACGCCCUAUAAGGACAAUGGCUUUAUUAUAGAAGGCUUCCCUCGAUCCCCCGAACAGGUACGAUUUAUGGCCGAGUCCAACUACCUGGUGGAUCUGGUUGUCAUGAUGACAGUUGAAUUCGAGAGUGUCAUCGAGCGUCUGAUGCCAAAUAAGCUGAUUCACUGGAAGGCUCGUGAGGCCAAGAAAAAGGAGAAUAAACGCCGCUUGGCAGAAUGGAAAAAAGCAAAAAGGGUAAAUUGUACUAUUUUCUUCUUUUUAGCUCAACUACUAAUGCUAUGA